AUGCCCAGUAAACGACCCACACUUUCCCGACGCAACACCACCAAAGGAGGAACCAGUUCCAAGAGCAUUGGUCAAGCGCUGCGGGCGGCGAGGGUGCGGGAGGAACAAGAGAUGCUCCUGGGAGAUGGAGAAGAGGCGGAUGAUGAUGGGUGUUAUCCUCCCCGACAGAAUGACGAGCCUAGAAUAAGGAAUCCUCACAGUGAAUUGCCCGUAUACGCGACCACGCACAAGAUUAGGAGAUUGAUCAUGGCGAGUAUCAGCGAUCCAUACAGCGACGAUCAGUUGAAAUCCCCCCGGAUGAAUGCUGCGGUUGUCCGGCCUUUGGUUGAUCAUCUCUUCGAUCCGGAUGAUGUGUCGAUCAUCUUCUGUUUGCUUGUCAAUCGCGUACAGUUCCUCCGAGAACAGUCGUAUCAGGCACAUCAUCAGACUGUCAACAUCACCCGAGCAUCUCUUUGUGAGAUUGUGGCAAGUCGCAUAUUACGCCGCUUUGAUGAGUAUCAUGAAGGGAGAGAUGGGUUGUUGAAACUGGCGAAUGUGCUGGUAGCUGGAUUCGAGCCAUUCCAGAACGCUCCUAUAGAAGUUGCAAGGGCUAAUCUCACUGCGCUUCAUUGGACCAUUCGAUGGCAUCUUGCUCGCUCGGAGGGUCAACGAAUGCUGACGGCAUUGGAGGUGGCCAUUGUAUCGGAGAGCAAGAACUUUCUCAGUUCCUCAGCAUGCCAAAAGAUUGUGGAGAAUGUCUACCGUGGGAGGAUCAUCUACACGCCAACAUCAUUCAUCGACAUCUUGCCGGAUCAUUACAAAGAUCGAGGCAUCACCCUUUACGACCCUCGAAGAGCACCUUUGCUGAAUCAAUACCGGCUGAUCGUCCCACGAACAAGAAACAUCAUCGAAGGCUUCCAAUUCGGCAUCCUCCUCGUCCUCUACAUCCUGACCAUGACCACAAAGGCACGAACUGUCGGACCACAUCACCUCCAGUUUACCAGCCUGGAAUUGAUCUUUGUUGUAUACGCCGUCGGCUGGAAUUUGGAUGAGAUAGCAUCUAUCCUCAUGCACGGCUGRCAAGUCCAUACCGAGAAUCUGUGGUCGUUCCUCGACAUUGCCUUUGUCUUCAUCUUCUGGACGUACUUUGGGGUUCGAAUCAACGGUUUGGCCACGGGAGACCUCGAGACUAGCAAGCUCGCCUGGGAUAUCCUCGCCCUCGCCGCACCUGUUCUCUUCCCUCGAUUGGCAUUCUGCUUGAUGUCGGAGAAUAUGCUCUUCAUCUCCCUCCGCGCUAUGAUGGCUGAUUUCACCUUUCUCACCCUCCUGUCAUGCUGGUGUUUCGGCGGCUUCAUCAUUGCAAUGUGGUGGCUGAGCGAAGGACAAGAUGGUUUCCUCAACCAUACCAUUCUCACCAUCUCCAAGUGGAUGCUAUACAUCUGGUUCGGGCUUGACGGGACAGGAAUCCAGCGUUCUGUCGAAAUGCACUGGUUUCUUGGGCCACUCUUGAUGAUAACCUUUGCAUUUCUGGGAAAUACCCUCUUCCUGACAAUCCUCGUGGCAAUGCUUUCCAACACAUACAACAGUCUCUCCAAAAACGCCACCGCGGAGAUUGAAUUCCGAAGGGCGGUCCUCACCUUUGAAGGAGUCAAAUCCGACGCCUUAUUCGCCUACCGUCCACCCUUCAACGUCGCAGCGCUCGUAAUUCUCCUCCCGUUGAAAUUCGUCCUCACACCACGCUGGUUCCACAAAGUCAACAUCACAGCCGUCCGGGUCCUCAACGCUCCCAUCCUCUUAUUGAUAUCCUGGUAUGAAAGAAAAUAUCUCUGGAAACGCGCAACGUUCCUCUCACCGCCGAGAAAACACACAUGGCUUUCGAUGUGGGAGCGUUUUGGCGCGCAUGGAGACUUGCAGGCUGUGUUUGACAGUGAGCCGCCGCAGAGUGUGUUGGAUGAAUUUGCGGAUGUGGAUGAGGUGUUGGAUAUGGAACUUGUGAAUGGGUAUGAUGUUCAGACUGCGAGGGAGAGGAGGGGCAGUCGGAGCAUGAGUGAGGCGAGUGGGAUUUUCCAUUCGAGGAGUAGGAGUAUGCUGAAUGGGAUUGUUGGAUUAAAUGGGAAUGGGAAUGGAUUUAUGAGGGGGAGGGGAAUGAGCAUGAGGGGGGAGUACAUGCCGGAGAUGCCGGUGCCUGAUGGGGAUGUUGGUGGGGAGGCUUGA